AUAAUAUCUCACUUCCACCCUCACACUCAUUCCCCACGUAUACAGAGUCCCCUCUCCCGGAUCAUAGCGAGUUCAAGAACAGAUACCAGCUAUUCGACACGCUUGUGGAUGAUUACAAAUUAGGGAAACCCUCUCUCUUUUCACCCUUGGACUCCCUCUCCCCAUUUUACCUCGCAAACCAAACCACCCCAACCCUCUCCCCUACGCCAAAAUGCAGUGGCUUUCACUCCUCAUCCCUAUAGCCUACCUAGGCAUUCUCAUCGGGUCAAUGGCGACCUUUUCACACUUAUACCGCCAACGGCAACACACGUCGAAACUGCGCUUGGCUCCAUACUUUCCCCCACAUACGACGCGCAACAUCUACCUGUCACUGUUACACCUACAAGACGACCCGGCGACGAAAGUGCCCGACACGAUUUUGAGGGCUGCACUGCUCAACCGUGCCAUCGCCGACAUUGAACGAUUCAUGGAAGUCAAGACCCGAAAACCCGCUCUUGCAACCCUGUUACAACGUGGGGUGGUGGGUGACGAGAUCUUUCAGAGAUUAACUCGUGCGGAGCAGGAGAUGGAGAUUGAAGUCAAGGAUGUCAUGGCUGAGGCUAAUGCUUUGGCUAGCGGCUGGGGUCAGUACAUCUUCCAAAGUGCGAAUGAGAUUGUCCACAAUCGGCAGUUGAAGGAGAAGAUCGAUGCUGUAAAGGGGAAAUUGGAAGCUUCCAAGUUGGAGUGGGAGGUUACGAGAGAAAAGGCGAGACUCGAAUUGGAAGGUAUUGACUCUGGCGUUGUCGCCACCCCUGCCGCCCCCGUACGCUCUGCGCCUGCGCCCGCGCCCGCCUCUCAGACAGUCGAGACGCCGCAACAAGAUAAAGUGAGCAAGGCUGGCAGCAGUGACGAAGACGGAGUUAUAGUCGAUACUCCUCCAACAGAUUCAAGUCCCGCCAGUGCUGCUGGUGGUGGGGCAAAGAAGAACAAGAAGAAGAACAAAAAAUAGUCUUUGGAUCAUCAGAGAGAUUCGUCAGGGGUCAGCAUGUCGGCAUAUUGGAGCAUAGCGAAGUGUUGUGUUAUUGAAUGGGAACCCCCCUUUACCCUAUUGCUUGGACAAAAGGAUCUCCCCCUGACGCAGUGGGUUACGAGCUUCUAUGACACUGGCAGGGCCGGGAUCCAUGUACUUUGUAGGAACCAAAUUUCAUCGCAUGCAAAUUGAGAUGACUAUUAUUUCAACACGUUUUUCU